AUGGAGCUGAAUUCGGUUGAAAAACGCCAUCGAACAAGAUCCAAAGGAGUCCGAGCCGCCGUGGAAGCAGUAACACAGGAGUUAUUCAGCUGUCCGACCCCCGGCUGUGAUGGCAGCGGUCACGUCAGCGGGAAGUACGCCAGACACCGCAGUGUCUACGGCUGCCCGCUGGCCAAGAAGAGGAAGGCUCUGGAAAAACAGCCGCUGGAGCCGGCUCCCAAGAGGAGGCCCUUCCUCACCUCCUGCCCGGGUGAGGAGGAUGAGGAGGAGGAGGAAGAGGGCGCCGACUCCUACACCAACUACGAUAACGAAGCCAUGGAGGCGGGGGUAGAGGGGAAGGAGCAAGGGGAGGUAAUAGAGGAGGACGAGGAGGAAGAGGAAGGGGAUAGAGGAGACGAGGAAGAGGACGGAGACGUCGAGGACGAGUUCUCGGAAGACAACGAGGAGCAGGGAGAGGACGAGGAAGAGGAGGAGGAGGAAGAGGAAGAAGAGGAGGAGGUGGAAGUGGGAAGAGCGGGCGCUGUGAUGGGAGGAGAGCGGGCCGAGAUGGAGGUGGGGAUGGAUGAGGAGGAGGAGGAAGUGGACGAUGGCGAUGGCGACGAGGAGGAUGACGAGGAAGAGGAGGAGCAGCAGAAUCGUCAGCAGAUAGAGAACCACUACAAGCCGAGCGGACAAUCAAAGCUCAUUCCGAUACAAAAGGACGACAACAACAACAGCUGCGCCAUCGCCAUCGCCGCCGGCAACGGCAACGCAGAGGAUUACGAGAACUACGACGAGCUGGUCGCCAAGUCGCUGCUCAACCUGGGCAAGAUCGCCGAAGACGCCGCCUACCAGGCCAUGACCGAGUCCGAGAUGAACAGCAACUCGUCCAACAGCGCCGGGGAAGACGACGACGAUGAGGACGACGACGGCAGCGAGCAAGGCGACAGGAAAGGCGAGCUGAGCGUCGACCUGGACAGCGACGUCGUCCGGGAGACGGUGGACUCCCUGAAGCUUCUCGCUCAAGGCCACGGCGUCAUGCUGCCCGAGGACGGUUACCCAGAAGGCGUCAUGGUGGAAGACGGUUGCCACGCCAACGGCCGACACGUUGGCAUCAGAGGUCAAGGGGACGAGAGCGAGGAGGAAGUGUGUCUCAGCAGUCUGGAGUGUUUAAGGAAUCAGUGCUUCGAUCUGGCUCGGAAACUGAGCGAGACGCAGCCGUGCGAUCGCCCCGCCCUUCACGCUCUACAUCACCAACUGCAAAGCCAAGCGGACCCGCAGAUGAUGCAUCAGCUAAACAGUUACACCAGCUGCCUGCAGGGAAUGUCGGAUGAUCCCAGAUGCCUGGAGCGCAGCUACUCCGACAUGGCGAACCUGAUGAAGCUGGAGGAGCAGCUGAGUCCGGCGUCCAGAGGUUACCCGACCAGCUGCAGCCAAGAAGGCGACGAAGACACGACGUCCGUGGCCUCCGACCGCUCCGACGAGACCUUCGACAUGGCAAAAGGAAACCUGUCACUGCUGGAGAAGGCCAUCGCCCUGGAGUCAGAGAGGGCCAAAGUCAUGAGGGACCGGAUGGCCUCGGAGCACGCCAUGCCCCGGCGGGAUCACAACCAUCACCGCGGACACGGAGAACAUAACCCGAGGCUGAGCACCACCGCCGAGGAACGCAAGUCCAGAAUGCAUCACGACGGGAUGAAGAGGGCGUACUACCCUAAAGACUCCUCCAGGGGCGAGAAGAAGGAGAGCAAGUGUCCGACGCCAGGCUGCGACGGCACCGGUCACGUGACGGGUCUGUACCCGCAUCACCGCAGCCUGUCUGGGUGUCCUCACAAAGACCGAGUCCCGCCUGAGAUCCUUGCCAUGUAUGAAAAUGUUUUAAAGUGCCCUACUCCUGGCUGUUCUGGACGCGGUCAUGUCAAUAGCAACAGGAACUCUCAUCGCAGUCUGUCCGGCUGCCCCAUCGCCGCCGCAGAGAAGAUGGCGAAGGUCCACGAGAAGAGCCACACGAUCGAAUCCCCCGGCACUAAGACCAAUCAGACGUCAGAUCGGGUUCUCAGGCCGAUGUGUUUCGUGAAGCAGCUUGAGAUCCCUCAGUGCGGCUACAAGAACAACGUUCCCACCAGCACGCCGCGGUCCAACCUGGCCAAGGAGCUGGAGAAAUACUCCAAGACCAGCUACGACUACAGCGGCUACGACGGCCAGCACGCCGGCUACGCUAAGAGAGGCCUGACCAACAAGACCCACCACGGACGGGACACCUCCCCCAAGGGAUACGACGACAGUCCUGAACGAUUUCUGCUCCCCAGUCUGAGGAGGUGUGAUGUGUGGACUGCAGAGCAGACUGCAGAGCCUCACAGCCACAAAGGCUUUUUGUUCACAGAGUCCAACUGGUGCAGAAAAAGAUCUGCUUAUUUCUCGUCCCUGCACCAGAGCGACGAGAUGGACCCGUUCCAGGAGCUGCUGGACGAGCAGCGCUACCCGGCCGAGGUGACCAUGCCCAGCCCCAAACACCACAAAUACCCGCCCUGCAAGGAGAGCAAGAAGGAGCUCAUCACGUUGUCGAGCUGCCAGCUGGCCGACAAGAACAUGCGUGGGAUGAUGACGGCCAACUCGCAAGAACUCAAGUGUCCGACUCCCGGCUGUGACGGAUCAGGACACAUCACAGGAAACUACGCCUCCCACAGGAGUCUGUCCGGUUGUCCACGAGCCAAGAAGAGCGGCAUCAAAAUCCUCCACAGCAAAGAAGACAAAGACGACCAGGAGCCAAUCAAGUGUCCGGUCCCCGGCUGUGACGGACAGGGUCAUGUGACGGGGAAGUACGCCUCCCAUCGCAGCGCGUCAGGCUGCCCCCUGGCGGCCAAGAGGCAGAAGGACAGCUAUGUCAACGGCUCGCAGUUUGUGUGGAAAUCUGGGAAGACGGACGGCAUGACCUGUCCGACUCCGGGCUGCGACGGAUCGGGACACGUCAGCGGGAGCUUCCUCACCCACCGGAGGUACGCUCUCCUUUUCAGCACACAAGAUCUCUCCGGUUGUCCUCGAGCCACCUCGGCCAUGAAGAAGGCCCGGAUGAGCGGCGUGGAGAUGCUGACAAUCAAGCAAAGAGCGAGCAAAGGCAUCGAAAACGAUGAAGAAAUCAAACAGCUGGAUGAAGAAAUCAAAGAUCUGAACGAGUCCAACACCCAAGUGGAGUCAGACAUGAUUAAACUGAGGACACAAAUCACCACCAUGGAGACCAACCUGAAGUCCAUCGAGGAGGAGAACAAGGUGAUCGAGCAGCAGAACGACUCGCUGCUGCACGAGCUGGCCAACCUCAGCCAGUCGCUCAUCAACAGCUUAGCGAACAUCCAGCUUCCUCACAUGAGACCGCUGCCACAGAAAGAGGCUCCAGUAAAGCAUAACUGCUGUUUACAGAUGCCUCCCAGAGAGCCAAUGAAUGAACAGAACUUUGACACAUAUGUGAGUACGUUGACAGACAUGUACACCCACCAGGACCAGUACCAGAGCCCGGAGAACAAGGCGCUGCUGGAGAACAUCAAACAGGCUGUUCAGGGCAUCCAGGUCUAG